AUGUUGUUGGGUUUUCUAACUCUUAAUCAUCACCCAACUAUAACUGCCGCAAUUGUCGUUCAUACGACUGUUGCCCGAGCUACAACUUUUGGCCAAGGUCAAGCCGCCGCAACUCCAUCGGAGGGGAGUUUCUUCAUUGCCACCAGCAACCAUUGCCUGAAAAUAGCUACAGGUCAACUUUACGGACCUCAUCACUCUACCAUCCUCAUGGAGUUGAGGGAAACAAUACAGAGCGAUGCGGCCAUGGAUCACAUCAUGCCUUGCCAUGAAUGUCUUCGUCAACUCCGUUAUGGUCGGUAUCCUCAAACCUUAUUGGAGGAGUUGGCCGGUAGAGUUCCGUGUAUGGAAUUGUUGCGUUUUCCCUAA